AUGCUUUACCUCGUUCCUCCGGCUAAAACAAUCCCCACCCAUUCCUCCUCCACACGGCAAUUUAUCCCUCGCUCCCCCCAAAUCGCCAUGGCUCCCAUCCGACGCGGCGCGCCGCGCCCGGACUUCUCCUCCCACCCCACCGACCUAGAACUUAUCGACAACUACCUCAAGCCCUGGGUCACCACCGGCGACCGCCCUUGGAAGUUCAUCCACGACGCGGAUGUCUACGCCGCCAACCCCGAAGACCUCGCCCGCACCUUCUCCCCUGCGCUGGCCAGCGACGGCCAAGAGGCGUGGUACUUUUUUACCCCCCUCCGUGCCAAGAGCCGCCGCGGCCAGCGGAAGUCGCGCACGGUGGGAUCCGGGGACGACGGGUGCUGGCACUCGGAGCGCGCCGCCAAGCCCCUCUUCUCCGGCAUCGUCCACAUCCGCCAGAUCGGCUACCGGCAGGCCUUCUCCUUCACCACCAAGGUGGACGGCCGGCUGGUCCGGUCCGGCUGGCUCAUGGCCGAGAUAGGCCUCACGCCCUCCGGCUCCUCGGAGGAGGAGCUUGUCCUGUGCAAGGUCUACCGGACCCCGCGCGAGGCGCCCCCGACCGGAUCUACGGCGGCGGCAAGGAGGGUUGUGCCCAAGAUUGGAAGGGGAAAAGCCGGGGAAUGCUCUGCCUCGUCUGAAGAGAACGCGUCAGGAGCUGGGCCUGCAAAGGCCUCAGUCUAUUCGGCCCAGCCCGCUCGAGCCUCCAGCUCCACUGACUCGGCAGCGACGGAGUCCGACUCCGACCAGGAUUCGUCCAGCCAUGUCGUAAUUGAUACGUCUCUGUCUGCGGCUCCACUUCGGACCCAGAUUCAACGCGUCAUCACCGGUGACGCAGCGCUGACUCCCCGCGCCGAGGCUUGCCGACCUCCUCAGGUUCCGUUUCUUCCUUCUUCGCCCAUUCGCCGCACGUCAGCCGCUCCAAGGGUCGCGGCGGUUCCCUCAGGCUCCUCCGCGCCCCCAACGCGCCCGGACUUCGCAAAGCAUCCGUCCGACCAAGAUCUCAUCAAGUCCUACCUCAUCCCGCGGCUCGCGUCCGGCGAGCAUCCUUGCAAGUUCACCCACGACGUCGACGUCUACGCAGCCGAACCCGCCGUCCUCAGCGGCCAGUACUCCCCGGCGACGGCAAGCGACGGCGAGAAGGCUUGGUAUUUCUUCACCACCCUGCCGGCCAAGAGAAUCCGCGGCCAGCGGAGGCCGCGCACGGUGGGCUCCGGCCAGGGGUGCUGGCACUCGGAGUCCGGCGUGAGGGACGUUGUCGACGGCGACCGCCAGAUAGGUUGUCGUCAGUUCUUCUCUUUCAUGAAGAAGGACGAGGAGUGUGGCAAGAGUCUCCGUACGGGAUGGAUCAUGGUUGAGCUCGGCCUCAACUAUGGCGAACACAAGGGCUCAUCGGACGAGCUCGUGCUGUACAAGGUUUACCGGAGUCCGCGCGCCGGGCCCGCAACAGAUGCGGACUCCACCGCGGCAACUGAGUCCUCUGGGCGCAAGAGGAAGGCCAGCGAAGAGAACUCCGGCGCAGAAAGUCCCGCGCGCGGUACCAAGAAAUCCACGGCGCCGGCGGCUUCUGGACGCAAGAAGACGGACGACAAGAGCUAUGGCGCGGCGGCAUGUCCCCCGCAACUGUGCACUCGGUGCCGCAUCGAGACAGCCGAGUCGCACAGUGGGACGGCCUGUGAGGAAGACGAGACCCGAGGAGGAUCGGAGACGGGUCUUCUCGAGAACGACUCGCUGACCGACGAGUCUGCUGCGCCCCGUGGACACGAAAGGGGUGAAUCUUCAGGAAGUGGUAGAACGUUCUACCACUUCGUCUAGUCCAGCUCGUUAGUUCGAGCUCUCAAAUUUACCAGGAUGCUUUCCAGGCAAGGGAAAUGGUUAAUGAAGAAACACCGUCGAUUGUAAGAUCCAUGACUGCUUGUAUACAUCACCUUCAGAGCAAUUUACUGUUCGUUCUCCUUAUGCGCA